AUGUCCCGCAAACUCUGCAUCACCGCCGUAGACGGCCACACUGGCUCCUUGAUCGCCGAGCUGAUCUUGACGGAUCCCAACUUCAAGAAAGCCAUCGGCUCCGUGGUCGGUCUGACCCUGCACCCGGACGCCAGCGCCUGCAAGGAGCUGAGCAAACUGGGGAUGAAGAUCGUGCCCCACAAGCCGGGCCGCCUCCGCGCGAUGGUCCAGUCGCUCAAGGAGAUCGGGGCGGACGCGAUGUGCCUGAUCCCGCCCGCGCACCCGGACAAGCUCGACAUCACCAGCGAGCUGAUCGAGGCGACCAAGCAAGCCGGGGUCGCGAAUGUGUGCAUGAUCAGCUCCGCCGGCUGUGACCUCGCCGAGCGGGACCGACAGCCCCGGCUGCGGGAGUUCAUCGAUUUGGAGGUGCGGCUGCUCGCGUGCAAGGGCGAUCCCUCCACUUCUACCGGUCACUCGCCGGUUGUUAUACGACCGGGCUUCUACGCGGAAAACCUGUUGCUCUACUCCCGUCAGGCGCAGGAGGAAGGGCUCUUGCCGCUGCCUAUGGGCAAGGAUCACAAGUUCGCGCCUAUCGCGCUGGGGGAUGUCGCCCAAGUCGCAGCGCAUGUCCUCUGUGGGAAGGGCAAGCAUGGAUUCAGUGACAAGCACCGGGGUCAAUUGAUGGUGCUGACGGGCCCGAUGCUUGCCACGGGUGAAGAGCUGGCGUCUGCAGCCAGCCAGGCCCUGGGAGAAGAGCUGAAGUUCGAGGAUAUCUCUGAAAACGAAGCGAAGAGAGUCUUACAAGCGCAGUCGGACAGUGACCAGUCUGAGGUGCAGUAUCUGCUGGAGUACUACUCGUUGGUGCGUGAGGGCAAGACCAACUACAUUUCCACCACCGCGUUCCAUGACGUCACCGGGGGCCAUCCCCAGGAACCCCCGGACUUCUUAAAGGUCUAUGCCCAGGAGUUCCAUCCUAAGCGCACCAACAAAAGACGUAAGUUGAGCGGGG